AUGGAGAGCGGUUUUAGAAAAGGGAGCUUUUCAGGGAGCAUGCAGGGAAGCAUGCGCCGCACCGUCUCCUCGUGGCGGCAUACCUCCUCGGCAAGUGAAAUCUUUGGCCGGUCCGGCCGGGAAGAAGACGACGAGGAGGCCCUGAAAUGGGCCGCCAUAGAGAAGUUGCCCACCUAUGACCGGAUGAGGAAAGGCAUACUCACAGCGGCAGAGGGCGGUGAGAUCCAGGAAGUAGACAUCCACGGGCUGGGCUUCCAGGAGAGGAAGAAUUUGUUGGAGAGAUUGGUGAAGACCGCAGAGGAAGAUAAUGAGAAAUUCCUGUUAAAGCUAAGGAACCGAAUGGAACGUGUUGGAAUCGAUAAUCCUACAAUCGAGGUCCGGUUUGAGCAUCUUAACAUUGAUGCAGAAGCCUACGUGGGAAAUCGGGGCGUUCCUACCUUCACCAACUUCUUCUAUAAUAAGAUAAUGGAUGUUCUAAGUUACCUUCAUAUCGUUCCAAGCGGAAAAAAACCAAUUUCGAUCCUUCAUGAUGUUAGUGGAAUCAUCCGACCCUGCAGAAUGACUCUGCUUCUAGGUCCUCCAGGCUCCGGAAAGACUACUCUGCUCUUAGCUCUGGCAGGAAAACUUGAUUCAACUCUAAAGGUAUCUGGAAGAGUGACUUACAAUGGUCAUGACAUGGAUGAAUUUGUUCCUCAGAGGACCUCUGCAUAUAUUGGUCAGCAUGAUAUUCACAUUGGGGAGAUGACAGUGAGAGAGACCAUGGCUUUUUCUGCAAGAUGCCAGGGAGUUGGAACGCGUUAUGAUAUGUUGACAGAGCUAUCAAGAAGAGAGAAGGAAGCAAACAUCAAGCCAGAUCCCGACAUCGAUGUGUACAUGAAGGCUAUAUCUGUGGAAGGUCAAGAGAUUGUGGUUACAGAUUAUAUUCUGAAAAUUUUGGGACUGGACAUCUGUGCUGAUACUAUGGUAGGAGAUGCAAUGAUAAGAGGCAUCUCUGGAGGACAAAAGAAACGUGUUACAACAGGCGAGAUGCUUGUUGGGCCAGCUAAGGCACUAUUCAUGGAUGAGAUCUCUACCGGUCUCGACAGCUCCACAACUUACCAGAUUGUCAACUCCCUCAGACAAUCAGUCCACAUCCUUGGCGGGACUGCAUUCAUUGCAUUGCUUCAGCCAGCACCAGAGACGUUCGACCUCUUUGAUGACAUCGUUCUCCUCUCAGAAGGGCAAAUUGUGUAUCAGGGUCCUAGGGAAAAUAUCCUUGAAUUCUUUGAAUCGAUUGGUUUCAAAUGUCCUGAGAGGAAAGGUGUGGCCGACUUCUUGCAAGAGGUUACAUCGAGGAAGGAUCAGCACCAGUACUGGGCACGGAAAGACGAGCCAUACAGGUAUAUUUCUGUCAAUGAGUUUUCAGAAGCCUUCCAGUCAUUCCACGUUGGCCGCAAACUAGGAGAGGAGCUUGGUACCCCAUUCGAUAGGAGCAGAAACCAUCCUGCCGCAUUGACAACUUCAAAGUAUGGAGUCAGCACAAUGGAGCUGUUGAAAGCUUGCUUCUCACGGGAAUGGUUGCUAAUGAAGAGGAAUUCAUUUGUUUACAUAUUCAAAGUGGUCCAGCUGAUAAUUCUUGGAACCAUCGGGAUGACGGUCUUCCUGCGAACAAAUAUGCACCGCAAUACUGUGGAAGAUGGAGCUAUCUACUUGGGUGCGAUGUUUCUUGGGCUGGUCACUCAUCUGUUUAAUGGAUUUGCAGAGCUUGCAAUGAGUAUUGCCAAGCUCCCUAUAUUCUACAAGCAAAGAGACCUCCGCUUCUAUCCAUCAUGGGCAUAUGCACUGCCAACAUGGAUCCUUAAGAUACCCAUAUCAUUUCUGGAGUGUGCUGUCUGGAUAGGCAUGACUUAUUAUGUCAUUGGCUUCGACCCAAAUAUACAAAGGUUUUUCCGGCACUACUUGCUGCUAGUAUUAAUUAGUCAGAUGGCAUCUGGACUUUUCCGAGUCCUUGCUGCACUUGGGAGGGAGAUGGUUGUUGCCGAUACAUUUGGAUCCUUUGCACAGCUUGUUCUUUUGAUUCUUGGUGGAUUCCUCAUAUCACGGGUGGAUAUCAAGAAAUGGUGGAUCUGGGGUUACUGGUCGUCUCCUCUGAUGUACGCACAGAAUGCAAUUGCAGUGAAUGAGUUCCUUGGACAUAGUUGGCAAAAGACUGUGGCUACGACUAAUGGCAAUAGCACAUUGGGAGUUCAAGUCCUAAUCUCUCGUGGGAUUUUUGUUGAUGCAAACUGGUACUGGAUUGGUGUUGGCGCAUUGCUCGGAUAUAUCUUCUUGUUCAAUAUCCUCUUUGUUUUCUUCCUUGAUUGGCUCGACCCACUCGGAAAAGGUCAGACAGUUAUAUCUGAAGCUGAGCUGAAAGAAAAGCAUGCAAACAGAACAGGAGAAAGCAUCGAGCUUUUGCCUGCAGGAACAGACUCCUCCAACCCCACAGCAUCAUCACAAGAGAGCGACAGGGAUAUUAGGAGGGCUUCGCAAAAUGGAGAGAGCAGGAAAAAGGGAAUGGUUCUUCCUUUUACUCCUCUUUCGCUCACCUUCGAUGACAUCAGAUACUCUGUUGAUAUGCCACAGGAAAUGAAAGACAGAGGUGUCACGGAGGAUAGGUUAAUGCUGCUGAAGGGCGUGAGUGGAGCUUUCAGGCCUGGAGUCCUUACAGCGCUGAUGGGUGUGAGUGGGGCGGGCAAGACGACUCUCAUGGAUGUGCUGGCGGGUAGGAAAACUGGAGGUUAUAUCGAAGGAAACAUCACCAUAUCUGGCUAUCCCAAGAAACAAGAAACAUUUGCGCGGAUAUCAGGCUACUGCGAACAAAAUGACAUCCACUCUCCUCAUGUCACUGUUUAUGAAGCUCUUCUCUUCUCUGCAUGGCUUCGCUUGCCUCCUGAAGUUGACUCUGACACUAGGAAGAUGUUUGUCGAGGAGGUCAUGGAACUUGUAGAGCUGACAACACUAAGGGGAGCAUUGGUAGGACUGCCCGGCGUGAAUGGCCUAUCAACUGAACAGCGGAAGAGGCUUACAAUCGCCGUGGAGCUGGUUGCCAACCCCUCUAUCAUAUUUAUGGACGAGCCAACCUCUGGAUUAGAUGCAAGGGCAGCAGCAAUUGUGAUGAGGGCAGUCAGGAACACCGUGGACACGGGAAGGACUGUCGUGUGCACAAUUCACCAGCCCAGCAUCGACAUCUUUGAAUCUUUUGAUGAGCUCUUCCUAAUGAAAAGAGGUGGAGAAGAGAUAUACGUUGGCCCCUUGGGACGAAAUUCACGCCAUUUGAUCGAGUACUUUGAGGGGGUCGAAGGAGUGAGAAAAAUAAAAGAUGGUUACAACCCUGCAACAUGGAUGUUGGAGGUGACCUCUCAGGCACAAGAGGAAAUUUUAGGAGUCAACUUUGCCGAAAUAUACAAAAAUUCUGAUCUAUGCAGGAGAAACAAAGCUCUGAUCGGUGAACUGAGCACUCCUCCCCCUGGCUCAAAAGACCUCCUUUUCCCAACCAAGUACUCACAGCCCUUCCUCACACAAUCCAUGGCUUGCUUAUGGAAGCAACAUAAAUCGUACUGGCGCAAUCCAUCAUAUACUGCCACGAGAAUUUUCUUCACCACCAUCAUCGCCUUCAUAUUCGGCACAAUCUUCUGGAAACUUGGGAAAAAAGUAAACACACAACAAGAGCUGUUCAACUCCUUGGGCUCCAUGUAUGCUGCAGUUCUGUUCAUUGGAAUACAGAAUGGCCAAACAGUGCAACCAAUCGUCGAUGUUGAGCGAACAGUUUUCUACAGAGAAAAGGCUGCUGGAAUGUAUUCUGCUCUACCCUAUGCAUUUGCGCAGGUUCUAAUCGAGAUUCCACACGUCUUCCUUCAGGCACUUAUAUAUGGAAUAAUCGUGUAUAGCUUGAUUGGUUUUGAUUGGACGCUUCAAAAGUUCUUUUGGUAUCUGUUCUUCACGUUCUUCACUUUCUUGUACUUCACAUUCUAUGGAAUGAUGGCAGUUGCCAUGACACCAAACAGUGACAUAGCUGCCAUAGUCUCCACUGCCUUCUAUGCCAUAUGGAAUAUUUUUGCAGGCUACCUAAUUCCUCGACCCAGGAUUCCUGUGUGGUGGAGAUGGUAUUCCUGGGCAUGCCCGGUGGCUUGGACCUUGUAUGGCCUAGUUGCAUCACAGUUCGGAGAUUAUGCGACGCAAUACUUGGAGAAUGGUCCCAGCGUGCAAGAAUACAUCAGGACGCAUUUUGGGUUCCGGCAUGACUUCUUGGGUGUAGUAGCUGUUGCAGUCGUCGGGUUUGCCGUACUCUUUGCUGUUGUCUUUGCCUUCUCAAUUAAAGUGUUCAACUUCCAGAGAAGAUAAGAUGGGUCUUGGAAACCACUUACGCGUGUCUUACUUCCAAUGCUGCUAAUCAAUGUCUGUACAAUGAAAACGAUGUAUCUAAUUAAUAUUUUUUAUUUAUACUAUCUUUUAUGACAUUGUGUAA